AUGGCAGACAACGGUGAGGGUUCGUCAUUGAACCCGCCUCGCUCAAUGCCUAUUUCCACCUCCUCCAUUCGUUCCACCUCUCCUCCUCCAGAUUCGGGGAUUAGACAGGCUUCAAUUGCUCGACUGGCUUCACCGGUUCCUUCACCAUCCUUGGGUGCCUCUCUCUCAUCUCGCCAGGGUAUCCCCACAAGUCGGCCUAUGACCACCGCGACAAACACCUCUGAACAGAAUUUCCGUUACGUAGACGAUCCAUCGUCGCUGCCAGGUCCCGGUCAAUCUAUGAUCGCAUCCCAGCUGCAAGAAAGCCUCGGUCGCUCGCCUCCGAGAUUUGGCACCCCCUCACGCAUGGCUGGCUCCCCCGCAUUAAACUCCCAUCUCGAGAACCGACCGGUGGUUUCCCAGUACGGCUCGAUCGACACCAAGAACGGUAACGGCCUUGACGCGAUCCCAUACGAGGACCCAGAGGUUGUGAAGAGACAUCUCGUCCUCCCGCAGAACGGUGGGGGACAUCGCGACACCGGCUCGGAGCUUGGAACCAGCCUCGGCGACGAUGAAUUCUCGAGUUUGCAGCUACAGGGUGGUGAUAUUACUCGUCAGGUCUACCGCUGGGCGGAGGAUGCUGACUCGGGUCGCUUUGCUCGGAGUAAGAGUUUCAGUGUUAGUCGUCCUGCUCCGGAGGCGGACACGGAAGACAUGCAUACGAUCCAAGUGCCAGGCGGAUUUCGGAGAGAUUUCCUGCGAAGAACAGCUGGGAGUCCCCACCGUGGAAGCCAGUCAGGGUCAAAUUCAGCAGCCCCUGGUGCGCAGCCUCAGCUGCCUACAACUAGCUUCUUGGAGUUCUUGACACUCUACGGUCACUUUGCUGGUGAAGAACUGGAAGAGGACGAUGAGGUCUUGGGCCCGGAUGAGUACUUCUCGUCUGACGCUUAUGAUGAGCAAGAUGAGCGCAGAGAAGCUGGGGAAGAUGCGGCGUUGCUUCAGCGUGAUGGAGCUGGUCGCAAAAAGCGCAAGCACAAGCAGCGCGCACCUCCCGGAAACACUACUACCACAGGCGCUGUCAUGUUGCUGUUGAAGUCCUUCGUCGGAACGGGUAUCCUUUUCUUGCCCCGAGCCUUCCUGAGUGGUGGCAUGUUGUUCAGUAGCAUGGUGCUUCUUGGAGUUUCAAUUUUGAGUUACUACGCCUUCAUCCUGCUUGUCAACACUCGCAUAAAGAUCGAGGGCUCUUUCGGCGAUAUUGGUGGCGUUUUAUAUGGAAAGCACAUGAGACGCAUCAUCCUCGGAUCGAUCGUGUUGAGUCAGUUAGGGUUCGUUUCAGCAUACAUAGUUUUUGUCUCGCAGAACUUGCAGGCAUUCGUGCUGGCUGUGAGCAAGUGCAAAUCCUUCAUCGACAUCAAGUUCAUGGUGUUGAUGCAGUUGGUCAUCUUCCUUCCCCUCUCGCUGAUUCGCGAUAUCAGCAAGCUUGGAUUCACUGCUCUCAUUGCGGAUGCCUUCAUCCUCUUGGGUCUGCUAUACAUCUACUACUAUGAUGCGACAACCCUGAUUGGUAAUGGUGGAGUCUCGGACAUCAUCUCCUUCAAUCCGUCAACUUGGUCUAUGUUCAUUGGAACCGCCAUCUUCACAUACGAAGGUAUCGGCUUGAUCAUCCCAAUCCAGGAAUCGAUGAAGCAGCCCCAUCGAUUCCCUGGUGUACUUGCAGGAGUGAUGGUGGUCAUCACACUGAUCUUCCUCUCCGCGGGUGGAUUGAGUUACGCUGCCUAUGGAUCCUCUACAAAGACCGUCAUUCUCCUUAACAUGCCCCAGGACGACAAGUUCGUUAACGUGGUCCAAUUCCUGUACUCGCUCGCCAUCCUUCUCAGUACACCCCUGCAGCUCUUUCCCGCCAUCCGCAUCAUGGAGAACGAGCUUUUCACCCGGAGCGGCAAAUACAACCCAUACAUCAAGUGGAAGAAGAACGUGUUCCGUUUCUUCUUGGUCGUCGUUUGUGCAGUUGUCGCCUGGUGCGGUGCCGAUAGUCUGGACAAAUUCGUCUCCCUGGUCGGGAGCUUUGCUUGUGUCCCUCUGAUUUACGUGUACCCGCCCCUACUCCACCUCCGCGCUUGUGCACACUCUAGACGCCAAGUAAUCGCUGACAUUACCCUUACCACCUUCGGAGUCAUUUGCUGCAUCUACACGACCACAAUGACUCUUCAAAACUGGAUCGGCGGUGCCGAGCAGCCCUCCAGCCCUGGAUACUGCGAUUCCAAGUGA